GGGAAGUUGAGUGCAGUUACAGGGAAAACCAUAGGCGAUCCGUAACUUCGGUUGUUGUUGAACGGAGCACGUUCCCUCUCUCUUGUCCGAAUUUCUCUCUCUCUCUCUCUCUCUCUCUCUCUCUCUCUCUCUGUAUCUUUUUCUUUCUCACACUAUAACAUAACUACGUCCUCCAAAUUCUUUUCUCUUCAAUUCAAGUCACACCCUUUUUCAGGUUGUAGCUUCUGACUCAUUGAAUGAAGAAUUCUUGAUCAAAUAACUGCUUUAGUUGUCAUAGUUGAAUUCAAAUGAAGACGGGCUCCAUGAUUUUUUCAUUAUUAAAUCUACCUAGAUGUAGAAUACAAAGAUUAGCUAAUUACUGGGGAGAAACCUUCCACAGUUUCAGUACGACUUGUGGAAACAAAUCUAGCAUCAGGCCGGUUGGUUAUAGAAUUCAUGGUCUUCAGGGAGGUCAGAGAAAGAAGUGGACAAGACCAAUAUCCACAAAUUCAGAAGGCAAGGGGAGCACCAAAUCAAAAAGUAUCAAGCAUGAAAUUUUGAGUGAAACCAUUAUAGCAGGUGCUACAAUAGAUGUAAAUAAAACACAGCUUGAUCAGUUCCAGGAAAUUCAGUACCGUGACAUAAAACAAGAGAUUGCCCAGAAUAAAGACUUGUCUAGUUUAGUUACUGUUAUUGUUUUUGAUAUCGAAACCACAGGGCUUAGCAGAGAGAAUGAAAGGAUUAUUGAAAUUGCACUUCGAGAUCUUCAGGGUGGUGAGAACAGCACUUUUCAGACUCUAGUCAACCCUCAACGCGAAGUUCCUAAUUCACGUAUUCAUGGCAUUACUACUCAUAUGGUCAACAAACCUGACGUUCCAAGGAUGGAAGAGCUCAUUCCUAUCUUAUUGCAAUAUGUUCGAAGUAGGGAGAAACCUGGGGGAUAUGUGUUAUUUGUUGCUCAUAAUGCUCGUUGUUUUGAUGUCCCUUUCAUCAUCAACGAAUUCCGACGUUGUUCUGCGAACAUUCCUUGCAAUUGGUUGUUCUCAGACACCCUGCCUUUAGGACGUGAACUAAUAAAAUCUGAAGGAACUAAACUUUCUUCAUCUUCCCUUGCUGCCCUUCGUGACCUCUACGGAAUUAAAGGGGAUGGACCAGCUCACAGGGCUAUGGAAGAUGUGAACACAUUGUCCUUGAUUCUUCCCAGGUUGACCAGUGAUCUGAAAUUGACCCUAUCUUCUCUUGUCGAAAAAUCAUUCAAAGAAUCAGAUAUUAUCAAGAAGAAGAAAAAUUCAGACUAGUUUUCUGUCUGUAUUUUGCAUUGAUGUUGUGGCAAUAAUUAUUUAUGACAAAAAAUUGAACUCUAGAUUAAGGAAAUUUGAAAUUGUUGACUAUCAAUGGAAUCUCGCCAAUUGGUACCAA